ACUCACUGAUAUACAGAGGCACACAGAGUGAAUGGAUGAGUGCAAGAGCAGGAAGCACAGACUAAGAGAGAGAGAGAGAGAGAGAGAGAGAGAGCAUGCAAGUGAGACGAUCCAGCACUCGCACUUUCAGCUCGUACUGAGAACAGAUGAACUGCAGAUCCACUGCUCUCCAGCUGCAUGUGGAAGUGUUACAUUCCAGGCUUUCCUUGCCUUUCCUCACUUUGCCCCCAGCUUUUUUUUAAAUAAUUGGGAUACUGUAGCUCUCUUCUGUUGGAGAAAAAUCCUUUUUUGUUAGUUUGGGUUUUUUUGGAGUGUUGUUUGUGCAUGUUUUUCUUUUGUCCGAGACUCUCGGUGCACUCCUUGGGGAAUGAUUAAGUACUGAGGACCGAGGAAGAAGAGGAUUGCCUGCCUGCCUGCCUGCCUGUCUGCUCGUCAGCCUGCCAGUCUGCUCGUCAGCCUGCCUGCCCGUCUGCAUGGGUGCAGGACUCUUAUGCAAAAUAAUCCAAAGCUGACCAAGUGGCCUGAUAGAGGAACAAGCAAAAAAGCUAAACAAUAUAAAGUACUUUCUCAUCUUGUACGAUGGAUCUCCCUCCAUUUAGAGGUUUAUCUGAUGUGCCUUGAUUGGUGCGAACCUUGUAUCCAAGUCUCUUCCCUCGUGUCACUGCUGGCAUUAUGGAUUCUGUGCCUUCUCUCAGGAUGGACCGUGAUGGCUUGGACCUGCAGCAGGCUUCUGUGCUGUCCAUCGAUCAGAUCCGUUCGAUAAGGGCCAACAAUGACUAUGUGGAACGACCUGUGGUACUGGACCCCACUUUGCAGGUGGGUGUCUUCCAUACACAUGAUGAAAGACAUCCUCAGAUGCCUCGCAGUCAGAGUCAACACCAACACGCCCACCUGGCUCAUCUGAGUCGCUCUAGUACUAUCAGCUCCAUGUCCCGUGGCAGUGCCGCUUCAGACCAGAGACUUCUUUCAGGAUUAACAAGUUCCCAUUCUGGAUUGGCUUCAGUAGUGCGCUCUCAACCCAAGGGUGACCUGAAACCAGACUCAUUAAGUAAAGGCUUGGCUGAAGGGGAGGAUUUAGGCUUGCAUCUGUUCAUCUGCGAACGUUGUAGUCGCUGCAAGUGCCAGAAAUGUUGUGCCCCUCAAAGCUUGCCCUCUUGCUGGACCUGUGGCCAGCGAUGUCUGUGUUCAGCCGAGAACGUUGUGGAGUAUGGCACCUGCCUGUGCUGCGUGAAGGGUCUCUUCUACCACUGUUCGGCGGACGACGAGGACAACUGCGCUGACCGGCCGUGCUCCUGUGCCCCGGCUCACGCCUGCUCCCGCUGGAGCACCAUGGCUGUCCUGUCUCUCUGCCUGCCCUGCUUGUGCUGCUAUCCUCCUGCCAAGCUUUGCAUCAAUGUUUGCCAGCGUGGCUAUGACCGUGCCACGCGGCCAGGAUGCCGCUGCAGCAACACUAACACUGUGUGCCGCAAGAUCUCCGCUUCGAACCCUGCACCUUUCCGCAAGACCCUGGACAAACCAGUAUGACACAGAGACGCCACUGCUCACGUGACCCCAUCACGGCAUUCCCCCUUUCGCAUUCCCAAGGAUACCUUGAAAAAACGCCAAACUUACUGACCUGCACCCAGAACAUCAGGCCUAGCUGCAUUACGUGCAAGAAUGGAAGCUUGUUGAUUAACAAAUAAAGUGUUGUCUAUUUAUUUAUUUAUUUGACUUUACUGGCUAAGACAGUUAAUGCUGUUCAUAUAUAACCUUUCUACAGGGAGUAAGCUAUCAGAACAAAAAAGAAAAAUCUGGUGCUGUGAUGGGUAAAAAUGCAUCUUGGCCAGUAAAACAUCUUCAGCCAUGCUGCAUGGACAGUUUGGAUGCAAAAUGGCUGACCUGAUGGGGGACGUAAGAGCCGAGCUCAAAAAAACAUUCAGUUUUGGACACUGAAUGAAAAAAGGGACCAGAUAAAGCUCUUUCAGGAACGGCUCGUGAGACACGAAAAAAAAAAAGACACUGGGCAUAUGUGUAGCCCAAGAGCGAGAGAAACGAACGUAUGCAUCGGUGCGUGUGCAUGUGGAUACGUGUGAAAAAAGACGUGUAGGUGUACGUGCAUGCGUGCGCAGUCUCAGGCCUCGGUCUGCUCUCAGCAGAAGCAUUCCUCUUUUUUUAUUUUUAGAGAAGCUGCUCUGAAAGACAAAGUGUCUGGUCAGGUUUCCAGCGCAGGGCAGCCUGACGCCAGCUCUCUCCCAAGCGCUCUCUCUCUCUCUCUCUCUCUCUCUCUCUCUCUCUGUCUCUCUCUUGUCCUCACCAUAUCCACCCCCACCUCCACCCCUUUCUACCACCACUCCUACCCCAUCCCACCCCACCUCACCCUCUCAUCUGCUGCUUUUUUUUUUUAUUCCUGUAGUGGGAAUUCUCCUCCUGUGCUAUCUUCAGCUGUGCUAUGGGACCAAACCAAAUCAAUCAUCAGUCAAACAUUCCCAAAAACUAAAUCAAUGAUGGACUUGAAUUAUUUUGAAUGCUGCUUUCUAGAUAACACGUUACGCCAUUACGUAGAGUACUCUAAAGCGAAAACGUGCUGGACCCUAUGAGGUCAUAACACAAUUGAGAGACGUCGUCUGCGUCGUCUAUGAUCAUACUCGAUCCUGAACAGUGAAGAAAGCUAGCCGGGAAUAUGCUAUACACACAAGGCCAUACAUUCCUAAGCACUUUGGACUCCACUUCGGAUCGGCACUUUGGCCGCGCCAAUCACGUCGAACCCCAAUUGACAGGAAGUGAGAGCAUCGAAAGGCCUUUUGUGUCCUCGCACAGGAAGAGGGGACUCCUUAGAGAUGAGGUUGGAAGUCGAUUGCCUUACCUGAAUGAACACCAUACUUGUGAACAAGGUGAAACAGAUGCACUGGUAUCCAAAAGUGAGAUGAGAAUUUAAAUCAAGAAAUCUGUUUCGAGAGAGAGUAUGUGUGUGUGUGUGUGUGUGUGUGUGUGUGUGUGUGUGUGUGUGUGUGUGUGUGUGUGUGUGAGCACGUAUAUGCGUGUACGUACGCAUGGGUGAGUGUGUGUGUAUAUGUGUGUAUUUCCCCCCCAUAUAUGCACACUGCUCCUUGUUGUUAGAGUUCCUUUGCUCUAUUUUUCUAUCUACGUAGGAUUCUUAUUGUAUUUCUAUUUUUAUUCUAUUUGGUUUUAUCUGGGUAUUAUCCUGACCAUCAUUUCUGAUCACCAUCGGGGGAAAAAUUCUCUUCAAAUCACAGGCCUGUCUGACACUUUGGAAUUCACUUGAAAGCGGAUAUAUCAUGUGGAGGAGAGAUCUUUCAUAGAUAAAAAAAAAAAUUGGUUUUACAUUACGGUCACUGAUCUGUUCUAUAAGAAAUGCUGUGUAACUGAGCGGUUUUUAGCACAAAUCGGAAACGACUCAGACACGAUCAUCUAAAAAAGUGUUUUUUCGUAUAGUGAAAAUUACCUUGGAUAUAUGGAGCAAUUAUGAAAGUGUAUGUAACCCUGUAGAAAUUAAAAACAAUAAGAGGUACUAAACUCUGGUGUUAGUAUUGAGGUGCCGAGCUCAUUUUCUUAUUUCAAAAUUGCACGUCAAAUGCCAAACAAUUACAUCUUUUCCGAUGUCUAACACUAAUCAGGCAACGUUUGGAAGCUUUUCAAGGUUUAAAAGAUCAAAGUCAGAAAACGCUCUCGCCAGCGCGGAAUCACGAAGUAAUCUCUCCUCCACGGUUAAGUCCUCAGAGAUGAUUUCUCGAAGCAGGGAUGAUAUUAAAGGGACAGGUGCAGUGUAAAGGUACAAGCAUUUCACAGGAACUGGUGCUGACCGCAGUCUUUCAGUUAUAACCACUAAAAAGUUGCCCUUGUUGUAUUUGUAAGCAUUGCUUUGGUACAGUUGGUUUUCCUGUAAGUUGUAAAAGAAUUCAAGGAGAAAGAGAGAGAAAGAAAGAGAAAAAUCUAUAUAAAUGAAUAUAUUAUAUAAAUAUAUAUAUAUAUAUAAAGUAAAUAUAUCUAUAUACAUUUUACACGUUUUUGUUUUCUUUUGUUGCCGACAUAUUAUCGACGAGUCACAGAUAUUUAUUUCAAAUGUUCAAAUCGUUGAGGAAAGAUAAAUAUUUAUUUAUGGCGAAUGAUGAAAAGAAACCGCCUUUGUAAUGAUUUCAAAUAAUUGUUUUUUCUUUUUUUUGUUUUUCUUCUUAUUUUUUUUUCCGGUCAGAGUGGCGUGGUGGGCGUGGCCUUAAGGCAGAGGAUAAUAAAUAAAAGGAGUUUUCAAAUGCA